UUUCCCAAAUACCUCACUCUCACAUUUUCUUCUUCUUCACUGAUUUUUUUUUCUCUUUUCACCAAUUGAUUUUCAAUCAAUCGAUAAAAAUCAAUUCACAAAUAAAUAAUAUGCAAAUGCCGGAGCACCACCACCGCUUACUCGAUUCGAGCGAUGAGUACGAAGAAGAGCGAGCCUACGAUUCAACCGAGAAAGUCCAGAUCAUCGGCGUCGACGAGGGCUCCGACGCCGACGAGUACUCCGUCAAGGCGCCGCCUUUCUCGUGGAGGAAGCUCUGGCUAUUCACCGGGCCCGGGUUCCUUAUGAGCAUAGCGUUUCUGGAUCCGGGUAACCUGGAGGGGGAUCUUCAGGCGGGGGCUAUCGCCGGCUACUCUCUCCUGUGGCUGCUUCUAUGGGCCACCGCCAUGGGUCUUAUUGUUCAGCUUCUUUCCGCCCGGCUAGGGGUGGCGACGGGGCGGCACCUGGCGGAAUUGUGCCGGGAGGAGUAUCCUAAUUGGGCGAGGCUGCUGCUUUGGGUUAUGGCUGAGCUGGCACUGAUUGGGGCUGAUAUUCAGGAGGUUAUCGGCAGCGCUAUUGCCAUUAAGAUUUUGAGCGGCGGCGCUCUGCCUCUUUGGGCCGGAGUAAUCAUCACCGCUCUUGACUGCUUCAUCUUUCUGUUUCUUGAAAACUAUGGUGUGAGGAAACUAGAAGCACUUUUUGCUGUCCUCAUAGCAACCAUGGCGCUCUCCUUCGCAUGGAUGUUCGGCGAAACGAAGCCCAAUUUCCGCGAACUUUCAGUCGGUAUUUUUGUUCCGAAGCUCAGCUCGAACACGAUAAAGCAAGCAGUAGGUGUAGUGGGGUGCAUCAUAAUGCCACACAACGUAUUCCUCCACUCCGCACUCGUACAAUCAAGAGAAGUCGACAAUCGCAAAAUUGGGAGAGUUAAAGAAGCGCUCAAGUACUACUCGAUCGAAUCGGGAGCUGCCCUAUUCAUCUCUUUCUUGAUAAACCUAUUCGUCACAACUGUUUUCGCAAAGGGGUUUUACGGUACCGAACAAGCAAACAGCCUCGGCCUUGCAAAUGCAGGGCAGUACCUUGAAGAAAAGUACGGCGGUGGGUUUUUCCCGAUCUUGUACAUAUGGGCUAUCGGUGUGCUGGCGGCAGGGCAGAGCAGUACUAUAACCGGGACCUACGCGGGCCAGUUUAUCAUGGGAGGGUUCUUGAAUUUACGGUUGAAGAAGUGGCUUAGGGCUUUGAUUACUAGGAGCUUUGCGAUUGUGCCGACGCUUAUUGUCGCUCUUGUUUUCGAUACGAGUGAGGAUUCGUUGGAUGUUCUGAAUGAGUGGCUUAAUGUGCUGCAGUCGAUUCAGAUUCCGUUUGCUGUUAUUCCUCUGCUUUGGCUUGUUUCCAAGGAGGAAGUUAUGGGGUUUUUCAAGAUCGGCUCUUUUCUUAAGACUGUAUCAUGGCUUAUAGCAGCACUGGUGAUGGUAAUGAACGGAUACCUAUUGGUUGAUUUCUUCUCUUCAGAAGGGAGCGGUGCUUUUUUCACAGCUGCAGUUUCGACUUUUGCAGCUGCAUACGUUUGCUUCAUCGUCUAUCUUAUCGCAAGGGAAAUUAGCUUCUCCACUCUCCGUGGUAAAGCCAAGGCUACUUUCGGUAUUUCAUGAAUCGUCCGUUGAUUGAUCGCUCUGCGCUUUAUUUUACGCAAAGAACGAUUAGCCACACAAAAAAAAAAAAAAAAACAAGUAGUCUUGUUUUUUCGACGAGGUAUGAAUAUGUAUUAUGUAUAGAGGAUUGUUGUUAAUUAGCCAACAAAAAGACUGCCUUGAUUAGCAUUGGCAGGUGAUGAUUCCCCAUGUUAGGAAAUAUGUAUCAAUAACAUCCUUAAUUUAUUCAUAUGGUCCU